AUGAUCUUUUUAAAUUCGAAAAUGUUAUACCGAAAUCUUACCAUUGGAAAUCAAUCAUCAACAGAUUUGAUUUCUAAAUUCAAUAACUCACAAGGUGUUUCUUCUCAACAAAGUGCCAAUGGAACAACUUUCUUUGGUUGGUCUGUCUAUUUUGGUGAUCAUUUCGAUUUCAUUUUUGAAGCUCUCAACAAAAAGAAAUAA